UCCGCCAGGGCUCCGGUGACGUCAGAGCAGUCCGCUAUCAGCAGGUCAGGAAAGAUGGCGGCGGAGGAGAGCAGGUUGAAGCAGCGGAAUCACAAAAACAGCAUCUUUAAAGAGGGUGGCCACAAGUUUAAGUCGGACACGUCCCAGAUGAGGCGUGAGGAGGACGAAGACGACCUGCUGGAGGAAGGGGAGGAGGUGGAGGAGGUGGGCGUGGCCAGGCCGGUGCAGAUCGUGACGGCGGAUGAGGAGGAGCACUCGUUCGCGCUGCAGGAGGAGGCGCUGGAGAGGCUGCUGCUGCAGGAGGAGGUGCAGGACCUCCACGUGGUCGUCGUCUCCGUGGCCGGAGCUUUCCGCAAGGGCAAGUCCUUCCUGCUGGACUUCAUGCUGCGCUACAUGUACAAACAGUCGGACUCAUGGGUCGGCGGCGAGGACGAGCCUUUGACGGGCUUCACCUGGCGAGGCGGCUGUGAGAGGGAGACCACGGGCAUCCUGGCCUGGAGCGAGGUGUUCGUGGUGGAGAAACCAGACGGCUGCAAGGUUGCAGUUCUACUAAUCGACACACAGGGGGCGUUUGACAGCCAGUCCACCAUCAAAGACUGUGCCACGCUGUUCGCCCUGAGCACCAUGACCAGCUCUGUCCAGGUGUACAACCUGUCCCAGAACGUCCAGGAAGACGACCUCCAGCACCUCCAGCUCUUCACUGAGUAUGGACGACUGGCCAUGGAGGAAGUCUACGAGAAACCUUUUCAGACUCUGAUGUUCCUGAUCCGAGACUGGAGUUAUCCUUACGAACAUCCGUACGGUCUGGAGGGAGGACAGAGCUUCCUGGAGAAACGUCUGCAGGUGAAGCAGAACCAACACGAGGAGCUGCAGAACGUCAGGAAACACAUCCACUCCUGCUUCUCCAACAUCAGCUGCUUCCUGCUGCCUCACCCCGGCCUCAAGGUGGCCACUAACCCUCGCUUCGACGGCCGCCUCAGAGACAUCGAUGAGGAGUUUAAGAAGGAGCUGGUGAACCUCGUCCCGACGCUGCUGUCUCCAGAGAACCUGGUGGAGAAAGAGAUCGGAGGAGUGAAGAUCACCUGCAGAGACCUGCUGCAGUACUUCAAGGCGUACAUGAAGAUCUACCAGGGAGAGGAGCUUCCUCACCCCAAGUCAAUGCUGCAGGCAACAGCUGAAGCCAAUAACCUUGCAGCUGUAGCAGGAGCCAAAGACGUAUACAACAAAAGCAUGGAGCAGGUCUGCGGCGGAGACAAACCCUACAUUUCCCCGACGGAGCUGGAACGCCGUCACGUGGAGCUGCGGCAGGCGUCGGUGCGGCACUUCCGCUCCGUCAAGAAGAUGGGCGGCGAGGAGUUCUGCCGCCGCUACCAGGAGCAGCUGGAGGCGGAGCUCGACGAGGCCUACGCCAACUUCAGCAAGCACAACGACGGCAAGAACAUCUUCUACGCCGCGCGGACGCCCGCCACGCUGUUCGCCGUCAUGUUCGUCAUGUACGUGGCGUCGCUGGUCACGGGCUUCGUGGGCAUCAGCUCCGUGGCCACGCUGUGUAACCUGGUGAUGGGCGUGGCUCUGACGGCGCUCUGCAUCUGGGCUUACGUCAAAUACUCCGGAGAGUUCCGCGAGGUCGGAGGAAUCAUCGACCAGGUGGCUGAAACCCUCUGGGAACAGGUUUUCUCCAAACUCUUCGAGGUGGCUCGGAGUCGAGUCCCGUUGGGGAGCCUGAUCCCGGCGCCGCGGCCCCGGCUCGCCUCAAACAACAACGUCAAGAAGAAAAACUAGCAGCACGCCAUUUUCUUUCCCGUCAGGUUUUAUUUUCUCCCCCUCUCCCUCUCCUUCUGCUCGGUUUUGAAACGAUGUUUUUAGGACGGUUUGAGACGUAUAAAUCCGUUUUUUUGUUCGGACCGUAGACGAUGGUUCCUCGCCGUGCCGGCCGUAGGUGUAAGGACUCGCUGUAGACCCGGACGAAGCAGUUUGAUGUAUUUUAUUAUUUGUCAGUGGGCGGGUUUAAGGUAUUUAUUGGUGGGAGGGGCCAUUAUUCUAUCACCGAGUGUCAUCCCAGGUGUGUGCUCACCUGUCGCACGACGACUCGACAUUAAUGAUUCCCAUUUAUGUGAAUGUGUGAAUGAAGAGCAUGACCACAGACCCUCCUCACUGCUCUCUCCUCGUGGUUUCCCUCCUCCCUCCUCCUCCGUCGGGUUUGUCUCUGUCGCUGGGCGGGCGUCGUGAGGAGGAGUCACAACCAAAGUUUACAGCUUUACUCAUGAGAGGCUCAGACUGAGCGGACUGACAAACACCGGCAGGAAACUGCAGCUGACAGGUGGUGUUCAGGACGUCGAGCAGCGUCUGGUUUCAGGGACGUUUUUCUCACUCUCGCAAAUCAGAGAUGGAGGAACUUAGAAACACUUCAUUCUCAUCCACAUAUCUGCAGUAGAUAUUCACUUAACUGUUCCCAGAGCUUUUUACAAUAUCACCGUCUACUUGAAAAUUUCAGGACUCAAAACAAAAAACAGGGUCGACGGGGUCCAAACUUCACCACCAAUCCCUUCAUUUUCUGACGAUCUGAGCUAAACUAGAGUCCUCUCAGCAUGUUAACACUAAACUGUUGAAUCCUCCUCCCACCUCCUGCAGAGUUUGACUUUCUGACUCUGAGGAAAGUAGCUGAAAGAAGCCGAGUUUCCCUGAAACCAGACGCUUGAAGUGUCUGAGUGGACAGAUGUUGAUCUGACCAACACUAGACUCUGUUGUUGCGACUUAUUUUAGAUCAUGAGAUCACGACCUGAUGAUUUUAUUUUGAGAUUAUCAGCUUUGAAAUGAUCAUGACUUUCAGUAUUUACCUCCUUUUUCUUAUUUUAAAGGUACAGCAUCUUUGUUUCUGAGAGCGAGAUUUUCAGAUGGAUCUCAAACUUGUGUCUGUGCUUUGACGAUUAAAGCUCCAGCUCCAAACAGACAUACGAUAUUGAUCCUCUGGUCUCCAAAAAAGAAAGUAAAAACGCCAAAUUACCAAAAUGUUGAUCUGUUCCUUCAGUUACCUGGUGAGGUUAUUUUAGGACGUCAGGCUUUGUAUUUAAUCUGGUAGUUGGUGUUGAAGAUCUCAGUCCUCUUGAUCUGACCGCCAGUGUUUCACAGCAGAAGCUUUUAAUUAUUUUCCUGUAGAUAAUAUUUAAUUGUUUAACUUGAGUGUUACUCCCGUCAUUCCUCCUCCUCAUCUUGACAAAUCUGAAGGACUGAACCACCUCCUCCUGUUUUUAAAGCACCAAGAAGCCGUUUAGUAAAACACUAAAAAAAUAGAAAAAUCGAGUCGACGCUCGUUCUCCACUCGUCUCAGCUGUUGCAUCGCCCGUGUAACAUGAACACUUUGUUUAAGACGGUGUCAGUUUUUAAAGCCAAACUCCGUGACAGACGAAUGAACGGUUCAUUCCGAACUCCCGCCUCUGUUCAGGGAGGUCCAAGGUCGUCGCGUUGUUUUACUGAAUCGUGUUUUCUUUUUAUUUAAUCAUCAUUCCAUCCACAACAUCACCACCGUGUGCUUUUUGUUUUUGUACAGUUUAGUUUUUUACAGCCUCAUUCACACAUAGGGCAUGUGUAUGAAAUAUAUACAUAUAUAAAUAUAAAUUUUCUAGACCUUUUUGUAGCUGGAAGAACAACGGUUGGGUGGUAGACCAGAUUCAGCUCACUGGAUGUAAAGGAAUGCUUUCGUGAUUUGUGGAUAUGUCUAAUAAAUUCCUUUUUUAUAAAUAUAUUUGUAAAUUUAAUCUUACAUGAGCACUGCAAUUCCACCCCCUGCUGGCAAAGAAUGUUUAUAAUCUGGAUUUUUCUUUUUCUUUUUUCUGUUUUUUUUUGUCUUCUGUUGCAUUUUAAAGUUAUUUUCGUUAAUUUAUUUUUCAAUACAAUAUUAAACCAAACUCCUACAACACA